ACGGAGAAAGAAAAGAAUCGUUACCAAUACCAAACUUGGUAGCAUUAGUCAGUUUUCACAGUUUUCAGUUUUGUCCCUUUCAAUUAUCCAACAGAACUGAAGAUAUCGUAGCUGGAAACGUCUAGCACCCACAAAUGGGUAACUCCCAUGGACACCGGCAUCGCAAACACGGUAACUCCGUUCCUCCCAACACGGUUCCUCCUCCCUAUAAAUACAAUCCUCACCCAACCACCUCCAAUUCCACCAUGCUUUCUCUUCCUUACACCCACGUCGACACCACCCUCCGCUCCCUCGCCGCCCAAGCCGAGGGCUUCGGUCGCUUCGCUAUCGGCGGCCUCCACGGUCCCCUUCACCCCGUCACAUCUCUCGCAGAUGAUGGACCGGGGUCACUGCGUGACGCGUGUCGCAGAAAAGAACCUUUGUGGAUUGUGUUCGAAGUUUCCGGCACCAUUCAACUCUCCUCGUACUUGAACGUGUCGUCUCACAAGACCAUCGAUGGUCGUGGCCAGAGGAUCAAACUCAGCGGAAAAGGCUUGCGGCUGAAGGAAUGCGAGCACGUGAUAAUUUGCAAUCUGGAGUUCGAAGGAGGCAGAGGGCAUGAUGUUGAUGCCAUUCAGAUCAAACCUAAUUCCAAGCACAUAUGGAUCGAUCGUUGCACGCUCAGUGAUUUUGAUGAUGGGCUCAUAGAUAUCACCCGAGAAAGCACAGACAUUACUAUUUCAAGGUGCCACUUCUCUCAGCAUGACAAAGCCAUGCUCAUUGGGGCUGAUCCCACGCAUGUUGGAGAUAGGUGCAUGAGGGUGACCAUACACCAUUGUUUUUUCAAUGGGACUCGACAGAGGCAACCUCGUGUUAGGUUUGCAAAAGUGCAUCUGUACAAUAACUAUAUCAGAAACUGGGGCAUAUAUGCUGUUUGUGCUAGUGUGGAAUCCCAGAUAUUCUCGCAACAUAAUAUCUAUGAAGCAGGACAGAAGAAAGUGGCAUUUAAGUACCUUACUGAGAAGGCAGCAGACAAGGAAGUGGGAGCAACUGGUACCAUAAGGUCUGAAGGAGACAUAUUCUUAAAUGGUGCUCAAAAAGGGUUAAUGACUGAGGAUGUUGGGUGCAACAUGUUUCACCCCAGUGAACACUAUCCCUCUUGGACAGUGGAAGCCCCUACAGACGAUCUGAAACAGAUUCUUCAUCACUGCACUGGAUGGCAAUCUCUUGCUAAGCCAGCAGAUCAAACACUAUGAGCACAAUAGAAGCUUAAGCUGUUGCAUAAAUGCAGGGGUAACAGAACUAACAUCAUUGAUCUCCUGCCCCCCCAAAGUCUAUUCUAGCAAGUUACUUUCCUGUGUAUAUAAAAUAUAGAUUAGUAGCGGAUUAUUAAAUAUUAAUAAGUACUACACGUUUGUUAAACUAUUAUGGCUAUUGACAAGAGAGUAAAUUACAAAUUAACCCAUCCCCUAUGUUUUUCUA